AUGAGGGAAGGAAGGAUCAAGGAAUCCAAAACGCCAAGUGGACCAUUCCCCCUGGGCGCGCGCGAGUUCGCAAAGGUUCCAAAGUUUUCCAAGAACAGAUACAUGGUUGACAUCGACGUCCAGAUCCCAUCUGCUUUUGAUCCAUUCGCUGGAAUUGACGACGAAACAGUAGCUCCUGGGGCUAAGGAGUAUGUUCAUAUUCGUGUCCAGCAGAGGAAUGGUAAGAAGUGUGUGACCACAAUUCAAGGACUGGAUAAGAAGCUUAGCUUUGAGAAGAUCCUCAAGGCUCUCAAGAAAGAGUUCUGUUGCAACGGGAAUGUGGUUGUGGACAAAGAACUUGGCAAAGUUAUCCAGCUCCAAGGGGAUCAGCGCAAGAAUGCUUCCCAGUUCCUCAUCAACGACGGCCUUGUGAAGAAAGAUCUCAUCAAGAUUCAUGGUUUUUGA